CGUCCCUAAUUUCCAACCAGACGAAACCUAUAUACAUAUAGGAUAUCAGAUCAGACGAUAACCACAUAACCACACAAGUAGCUUCUCCAGUUCUCCCACUUGCAGAGGAAGGCUCGGGGAAGUCCUAUUAGUCUUUUGGCUCUACGGUGAGCCUUUGCGCUUAGCGUUUAGACCGUCUUCGAUCUUCUUUCGUCAACUCAGACCAUCAGAAGGAUUUCUAGGGCACGAAGAAUAUGGCACACAGGUUGCUAAGAGAUGUGGAGGCCGAUGGUUGGGAACGCUCUGAUUUCCCCAUCAUAUGCGAAUCGUGCCUUGGCGACAAUCCCUACGUUCGAAUGACUAAAGCGGAUUUUGAUAAGGAAUGCAAGAUCUGUACAAGGCCAUUCACAGUUUUCAGGUGGAGGCCAGGUCGUGAUGCUAGAUAUAAAAAGACAGAGGUCUGCCAGACCUGCAGUAAGCUGAAAAAUGUAUGCCAAGUGUGUCUACUGGAUCUUGACUAUGGGUUGCCAGUUCAGGUUCGAGAUACAGCACUGGCAAUCAAUUCCAAUGAUACAAUCCCAAAAAGUGAUGUCAACAGGGAGUACUUCGCAGAGGAGCAUGACCGCAGGGCUCGGGCUGGCAUAGACUAUGAAUCCUCAUAUGGAAAGGUACGGCCAAAUGACACAAUAUUAAAGCUUCAGAGAACAACGCCUUAUUACAAGAGAAACCGGGCACAUGUUUGCAGUUUUUAUGUGCGGGGUGAAUGCACAAGAGGUGCUGAGUGUCCUUACCGGCAUGAAAUGCCUGUCACUGGCGAGUUAUCACAACAAAAUAUCAAGGACCGGUACUACGGAGUUAAUGAUCCAGUUGCCAUGAAGCUUCUGAAUAAAGCAGGAGAAAUGUCGUCAUUAGUUACCCCUGAAGACGAGAGCAUUAAGACCCUCUAUGUUGGUGGUCUUGAUGCUAGGGUAACUGAGCAGGAUUUGAGGGACCACUUCUAUGCACAUGGUGAAAUCGAAUCCAUAAGGAUGGUACUCCAGCGCGCCUGUGCCUUUGUAACUUAUACCACUCGGGAAGGUGCAGAGAAGGCAGCAGAAGAACUCUCAAAUAAGCUAGUCAUAAAGGGUCUGAGGCUGAAGCUAAUGUGGGGGAGGCCCCAGGCUCCAAAACCAGAGUCUGAGAACCCUGAGGAUGAGGCUGUGAGACAGCAGGGAGCUGUGGCCCACGGUGGCUUGCUGCCAAGGCAAGUGAUAUCUCAACAUCAGAAUCAACAGAUCCAACCACCAGGGGCUUUGGACCAACAGCAACCCAUACACUACUUCAACAUUCCACCUCCACUCCCACCUGAGAGGACCUUUUAUCCCUCAAUGGAUCCUCAAAGGAUGGGUGCUGUUGUUGCAUCACAGGAAGGAACGGGCAGUGGCGCAAGUGGUUCAGGUGAGGUCAAAUCAGCUUCAGAAAAGCAGCAACAGGGGGGACAGCAUUUUGCCUACCAAGGUAUGCCACCACAGCCUGGCCAGUACCCGCAGUACUAUCCACCUUAUGGUUAUAUGCCACCGCCGCCUCCACCACCACCAUAUCAAUAUCCUCCACAAUAUCAAUCUGCUCUGCCCCCACCACCACCACCACCAGCAGCCCCAGCAGCUCAGCAGUAUCAGACAGCCAGACCACCAGGAUCUUCACAGUAUUAAUACUUGAUUGUUUUCAAUUGUUUCAGAAACCUUAAGAAGAAAAGUUUGGAUUUUGUAUUUGGUUCAUAGUUUUAAUCUAUGGCACUUGUGCAUGCAUGCAUCCACCCUUCAUAAAAUGGGAAGUGGAAGACUGGAAGCGCCUGCAAGGAUGUAAAAUGGUGUGGGCCAUUUUGCUAUCAUGAUCACCUAUAUGUGGACACUAUUUUGAUUCUUUUGCUGCC